CCUCUGGCCAUGACAGAGACCCGUGAGCCAGCUGAGACUGGGGGCUACGCCAGCUUGGAAGAAGAUGAGGAGGACCUCUCUCCAGGCCCCGAGCAUUCCUCUGACUCCGAGUACACACUCUCAGAGCCGGACUCUGAAGAGGAAGAAGAUGAGGAGGAGGAGGAAGAGGAGACCACUGAUGACCCCGAAUAUGACCCCGGCUACAAGGUGAAGCAGCGCCUGGGUGGGGGCCGGGGCGGCCCGUCCCGCCGGGCCCCCCGUGCAGCCCAGCCCCCGGGCCCCGCAGCCCAGCCCUGCCAACUCUGUGGCCGCUCGCCCCUUGGGGAGGCCCCGCCAGGCACCCCGCCCUGCCGCCUCUGCUCUCCCGCCACAGCCCCCCAGGAAGCACCCGCCCCGGAAGGCAGGGUGCUGGGGGAGGAAGAAGAGGAGCCCCCUCGGGCUCGGGAGGGCCAACCCGCCGGGAGAGAGGAGGAUGAGGAGGAGGACGAGGAGGGCACCUACCACUGCACGGAGUGCGAGGAUUCCUUCGACAACCUCGGGGAGCUGCACGGGCACUUCAUGCUGCACGCCCGGGGCGAGGUGUAGGCGAGCCCCCACCCAGGAAGCCUGGCAGGAGGGGUGGGGGGGAGGGGGCUGAGGAACCCGGUGCUUGAAAUGGUCCUUGCGCGGGGGGCGGGUACUGCUGAGCUGUGUCCUCUUAGUAUGUGUGAAGGCCAGAAUAAAGCCAGAUUCUGCGUGUGUCGGUCCAGC